CAAUGAAUAUUUUUAAACAAAAGAAGAAAACAACUGGACGGAAGAAAAUUGAGAUUAAGAAGCUUGAGAAGGAUACAAAUAAGCAAGUGACAUUCUCAAAAAGAAGAUCAGGUUUAUUCAAAAAAACAAGCGAACUCUGUAUUUUAUGCAAUGUUGAUGCAGCUAUCAUUGUAUUUUCCCCCGCUGAUAAACUAUUUUGUUUUGGUCAACCCAACACUGACACUAUCAUCAACAGUUAUAUCAAAGGAACAACAGAGUUUGAGGCUUCAAAGUCAAUAGAAAAAUCUAUUUUCUAUGAAGAGCAUAAUACAGAAUAUGAGGAAGCAAUCCAUAAGUUGGAAUUUGAAAAAAAGAAACUUGAAGAAUUUGAGAAUUUGUCUAAGGUUUGGAAAUCAGGAGAUUGGUGGAAUGACCCAAUUGAUGAGAUGAGUAUUGAUCAACUUGAACAAUUCAUGGCCUCUAUUUAUGAGUUAAGGAGGAAACUAGUUGAUAGGGUUGACGAUCUUGUCAUGAUGCUCCCCAGAUUGGUGUAGAAUGCUCCCCAGAUUGGUGUAGAAUGUUUGCACUUUUUACUAUCACUCAUUACAUUUUUUUUUUCUAUAUAGUUUUUCUAUUUUUUUUUGUCAGUAUUUUUAUUUUGUGUGCACUUCGCACACUACAGUAAACACUUUGUUUUAUGGUA